UCCACAAUGAUUAGCAUCAAAUGCUUAUUGGGAUUCCCACUUUUUGCUGAAUUCCAAGAUCCACAACCAUCCAUUAUUAUCUCUCUAUUUUCCUUUAUGCUGCUUCCUCAUUGGUGGAAGUAGAAGCCAUCUCUUGUCUCUCUCUCUGGUGAAUGUGUGUGUGUGUGUCACCAAAGCAAAGCAGUGUACCCCGCAACCCAGAAAGUAGUAGCAAGUGCCAAAUGGUAGUGCAGUAAAUAGCAUUCUAGUGUAUUGAAAGUGUAGUUAGUGAGAACCAAAAAGCACCACCACCAUCAACACCGUCCAACACCAACGUUUCUGUUUCUGCUGAAAAGGACCAUUAUUGUCUCCUUUCAACAUGAACCUUUCUCCUUUCUUCUAGACACUCAAUUGGGGUUUCAGGGUUUCAGGUUUCUUCGCCUUUGUGGUUUUCUCUGUAUUUCUUUUCUGGGUUUUCCACUUUUCAGCUAAACUCUUGAUUUUUCAGGGUUUUUCAUCCUAGGGUUUCUGCUUUUUCAUAUGGGGUAUCACUAAAUUCCCUUAAUCAGCUAUAGUCUUGAUUUUUGAGGGUUUUUCAUUGUGGGUUUCUGAUUUUUCAUCUGGGGUAUCACCAAAUUCCCUUAAUCAGCUAUGGUUCCUUGAUAGAGGGUAUUUCGGUUCUUGGAUUGAUACCCUGAACCUGUGAAUUGGUGUGGAUUUUUGGUUAUUGGUAACUUUCUUUGUGUGAAGAUGGUUGUUGGUAUAGCUUGUGGGUUAUAGUGAUUUGGGGGAAUCUUUAGAUACAACUAGGAACAAAGGGAUAAGGAUGGCAGCAGAGUCAAACGCAGGGUUUCAUCAUCAGGAUAUAGAUUCUACUUGGAACCGUCAUGCAAUAUCAUUUCAGCCUGGUGCUAUUAAUAGCUUGUCCGAGAUGGUUCCGAUGGGUAACUAUUUUGGGUUAAGUAGUAGUUCUUCUGGGAUGAUGAUGUAUCCUGGGAAUUCAAACAUGGUUAACAGCAAUCCUGUGAUGAGUCAAGUUGGUAAUUCGCCUGGUUCUUCUCUUAUGCUUGAUUCAGCCCCGGGGCUGAAGCAUGACACUGGUUUGGCUGUUGAGUGGUCUGUUGAUGAACAAUACAAAUUGAAGGAGGGUCUUGCCAACUAUGCUGAUGAGCCAAGUAUCAUGAGGUACAUAAAAAUUGCUGCCUCAUUGCCUGAUAAAACUGUUCGUGAUGUUGCUUUGAGGUGUAGGUGGUUGACAAGGAAGCGAAGGAAACAAGAAGAAUACAGUAUGGGAAAGAAGGUCUAUAACAGAAAGGAUAAGCCGUUGGAGUCAGCAUCAAAGACAAAUUUGCAUUCAGCUGUGCCCCCGAGCAUGGGUCCGUAUUCUCACAUGUCUCACCAUUUUGACCGUGGUCACCAGAUACCAUACGAUGGAAUUUGCGGUCCCAUGAAGCAACUCAUGGAGCAGAAUGCUCAAGCUUUUAGACAAAUCAGUACCAAUUUAUCUACUUACAAGUUCCAGGAUAACAUUGACCUCUUCUGCCGCACAAAGCACAACCUCAAUACCAUUCUAAAUGACAUGAGAAGGGUGCCUGGGAUUAUGAGUCAAAUGCCGCCACUUCCUGUUACCAUUGACGAGGAUCUUGCAAGUAGUAUUUUGCCUAAUAGAACUUAGUGAGGCAUAGUGCUGACUCCAUCAACAUUGCUUCAAAAAUCAAAUGCAUCAGUGGAGAGGUUUGCAUUUAUAUGGGGAAUUCAUUGCUGCAACUGUUUUGGUGCCACAUGCAAUUGAAGAGCCAGGGAGUAACUGACAAGUACACAUAUGAGGAGUUUCCGGAGUUUCUAAUCCAGCUUUGAUCUUACUACUCCCUGGUUUAUUCGUUGUAUUUGAUUGAAGGAAAAAUUUGAACUCCUGUUGUAUAACUAAGACCAUCUUCCUUACAAAAAAAAAAUUGAAAAUAUGAGAGCAAUUAAUAUAACAAUGGUUUGAGUUGAAUUCACCAUUAUUGAUUUCAGGGUGUUGGUGUUUCUACCAUGCCAGAGAAACUUUGUAGAUCUAUGUUGCUAGCUUGCCAUGGACAAAAUUUAAGUAAUGAUUGUGUGUUUAACUCCUGAUAGCUGUUAUGUAAUUUGUAAAGGGAAAUCAUUAUGUACAUAUUAUGUUGAUUGUUUAUGAGAGAAUCAAGUUAUGUCAGGUUGUAGUAAGACAAGCCACCAUGCAGCAAACAGCUUCUACUUUUUUUAAUCAUAGUGUGUUUGGAUACUGAUUCAAUGCAACGUGAACCUUCAUUGUAAUUCAUUAGAAGAGUUGUGUU